GGGGAGACGGAAGAGACGGCUCCGGGGCCCCAGCUUCUCAGCUCCGGAGCCCCGCUCCCUGGCCCGUGGCGGGGAUGGACUGAAGCGCCGCCCGCCCGCCAGCGAUCCUCCGGCCCAAGCCCCGAAGCGGCUGCAGCCAGAAGAGUCCCCCGAUCCUGCCUUGGGCCGCCUGCGCCGGGCCAAAUCAUGACUGCCAGGUUAAGGAAGAUCCUGCUGCCACUGCUGCUGCUACUGCUUUGCCAAGGGCUACAGGCGCAGGGAUGCCCAGCAGGCUGCCAAUGCAACCAGCCACAGACUGUAUUUUGCACUGCCCGGAAGGGCACCACGGUCCCUACUGAUGUGCCCCCAGACACAGCUGACCUGUAUGUCUUUGAGAACGGUAUCACCACAUUGGACUUGGGAAGCUUUGUCGGCCUCCCUGCCCUGCAGCUCCUUGACCUGUCACAGAACCAGAUCACUACCCUCCGUGGGGGAGUCUUUCAGCCACUAGCCAACCUCAGCAACUUGGACCUCUCUUCCAAUCAGCUGCAGGAGAUCACCAAUGAGACCUUCCGGGGCCUUCGCCUGCUUGAGCGCCUCUACCUGUCCCACAACCGCAUCCAUCACAUCCAGGCAGAUGCCUUCGACACUCUUGAGAGCCUUCUAGAGUUGAAGCUGGAAGACAAUCAGCUUCAGGUGCUGCCCCCACUGCACCUGCCUCAUCUGCUAUUGCUGGACCUCAGCCACAACCGCAUCCCAGCCCUGGAGGCGGGCACCUUUGGAAUGAGCAACAUAGAAUCGUUAAAGCUGGCUGGGCUGGGGCUGAGUCGGUUGGACGAAGAGCUGUUCUUGGGUCUACGGAACUUGCAUGAGCUCGAUAUUUCUGAGAACCAGCUGGAAGGGGCCCCUGCUGUGCUUCGGGGGCUCCGAGGCCUCACCCGCCUCAAUCUUGCAGGGAAUACUCGCAUCACCCAACUGCUGCCCGAUGACCUAGAAGGUCUGGAAAACCUGCAGGUGCUGGACCUCAGCAACUUGAGCCUGCAGGGCCUCCCUCGGGACUUCUUUAGCCGGUUCCCCCGGCUCCGAGAGGUCACAGCUGCCCGGAAUCCCUUCAACUGUGUGUGCCAGCUGAGCUGGUUUGGGCAGUGGGCCAGAGAAAGCCGGGUGAUGAUAUGGAGUUCUGAUGAGACAAGGUGCCACUUCCCCCCCAAGAAUGCAGGGAAGCUUCUCCAGCACCUUGACUAUGCAGACUUUGGCUGCCCUGCUACCACGACCACUGCCACUACUGCCCGGCCUUCCACCCCCUGGCCAACCCUCUCCCUUACCAGCCUACCCCCAGCAGAGCCCAGCACCCAGGCUCCCACUGUGGCCCCGUCUAGUGGAGACGGCCCCAGCCUGCUCUCUGUCACAGCCCCCACUGGCAGCACUGGCCCCCAGCUAAAGGACUGCCCUGCACAUACCUGUCUCAACGGUGGCACCUGCCAGCUCAAUGCCUGGCAUCACCUUGAGUGCUUGUGCCCUGAGGGUUUCUCGGGUCUGUAUUGUGAGGCGAAGACCAAGCGGCCCACCCUGCCACCACCACCACCCACUAAAUUGCCAACUCGGGUGUCCCAGCUUAGUAUUGAGCAGGUGAGCGCAACCUCCUUGAGGGUAAAGCUCAAGAAUUACACCCAGAACAAGGCCCAGCUCAAGGGUAUUCGCCUGACCUACAGAAACCUCUCAGGCCCUGACAAAAGGCCCGUGACCCUCAGCCUUCCUGCCACACUCUCUGAUUAUACAGUCACACAACUUCGGCCCAAUGCCACCUAUUCCAUCUGUAUCGGGCCUCUGGGUGGGGCACGGGGACCUGACAGCGAGGAGGCCUGUGGGGAGGCCCGUACUUCCCCAUCUGUUCGCUACAACCAUGCUCCUGUCACACAGACCAAGGAAGGCAACCUGCCACUCAUGAUAGUGCCUGCGCUGGCUGCCCUGCUCCUCGGGGUGCUGGCCGCAGCAGGAGCAAUGUACUGCCUACGCCGAAGGAGUGCCCAGGACAAAGGGCGAGGCCAGCUGAGUGCAGAGACAGGACCUAUGGAACUGGGGGGGGUGAAGGCCCCACUGGAGGACACAAGCCCCAAGUUGCCAGAGUGCGUUGGGGUGCCAUCAGGUGGCUCUGAGUGCGAAGUACCACUCAUGCACUAUGCUGCUGGCAAUAACAACAGAGCCCCUGUUUCCAAGCCCUCCUACUUCUGAAUCCUGACUGGGUCAAGGGAGCCACCAGGGUCCAACAGCCUUCUCUGGCAGCCUUGCUGAACUACCCAGAGUUUUGUUUUAUUGUCCCCAACCAUGAAGGUUUUAAGGUCAGCGUGGCAGGCAGCCACAGGUAGUGAGAAGGGCCCAGGCUGGGAGUUAGUAGCUCCUGGGUGUUAGUCCUGGCUCUGCCACUGUGUGACUCUAGGAGAGUCACUCUCUCUGGGCCUCAGUUUCCUCAUCUGUAAAAUGAGGGGGUUGGACUUGAUGAUCUUCAAGAUCACUUCCAACUCUUUGGCUUCUCUGAUCCCAGCUCCCCCACCCACCCACCCAUCCCCAGCAAGGUGCAAUCUCCUGGAGCCACACAGCCUUGCCCUCCUCUGUACUCCCUCUCACGUCUGGAAGCCUCCUGGGGUAGGAAGAGCCCAUGGGUGGCCCCUGUGUGCUGGUAACAUAGGCGUGAGCUUCUCAGGGGGUAACUCCCUUCCCCCUGAGAGGUCUUAGGGGCAGGGGAGGGUACAAAAAAUGAAGGAAACCUUUUGGGAGGUGAGUAGGGUCCAGAUGGGGAAGAUAACUCCUCAAGGGUGCUGACUUUCCAGCCUCAGCCUCAAGGAAGCGAAGGAACAAAAGAAACUGGAAAGAAGAUUAAGGACUUUUUUUUUUUUUUUCGGAAAAAUAUUUAUAUCAUAUUCUUUCCCAUUUCUUCUGGGAAAGCACUUUUCAAACCCAGAGGCAAGGACUUUGGUUUUUGUUAAUACAGAAGAUGACAUGAAGGCCUUUUGUAAUAAAAAUAAAAUAAAUGAAAUAAAAUCAGACAUCAGUCCAUGGA